GAGAUUGAAGCAGAGAUUGAAGCAGAUUGAAAAAGACAAUCCGGCUGGUCCGAUCUACCCCUACUGGAAACUCCUGGAGCUGACAUGUGGCCUGACUUCAAGACUCAAAGAAGUUGUAGCACAGCCCAUUGACACUUUAGGAGCUUUCACCGGUGCCUUCCUGGGCGUUCAGUGGGAGAGACGGCCAUCCACCACGCCCACCUCGCCCUCCGCAGCACCGCGGAGCGCUGGGGCUCGGCAGUUUGUGGGCCGCCCGCGGGGCAGCAGCGAAGCACCGGCAAAAAGGCAGGCGCUGAUCUCUGGCACGGGCGAGGCUUUGGCUACAGUUUUGGUCAGUGAGAUGGGGGACAAGACCUUUUUCCUGACAAUGAUCCUAGCGAUGCGCAAGAGUCGCAGGCUAGCGCUGUUGGCUUCGCAGAGCGCGCUCUGGAUCAUGAUGUUGAUCUCCACCUCGAUUGGCGUCAUGCUUCGCAGGCUGACGCUCACGGUGGGGGACGCCGUGAUCAUGCGCGUUGGCGCAGCCGUGUUGAUGAUUUUCUUUGGCCUCCAGUCCUUUUGGGAGCUUUCCUCAGGCGCAGCAGGGAAUGGGGGGUCAGGUCUUUUGUGGCCAAGGGGACUGCAGUGUGACUACAGAUGGACUGGUCAUUGUACACAUGGUGUUUUGACAUAUGAUCAAGAUAUCGCGUGA